CUGAUUUCAUCAUCUAUCACAAGACCAAAGCGUUUACUUCUCGACUUCCUUCCUCGACACCUGCGCAACCUUCAUCAUCAACGUCAACGUCAUCACCGACACCGUAAUCAUGUCGACCACCACGACUGCGUCUACCCUCCCGGCUCCUGCGGCGCAAGCCAGUCGGGCAGCUCUUGAGGCUGCCCUCGCAGACAAGACCAAUAUACCCCCUCCUUCCGGGGCUGCUUUGAACGGCAUAUCCUCCCAACCCGCAAAGAAGCGCGAUGAACUCGAUGAGUUGCCAGACUUUGAAGGUGAAGACGACUUUCCUGAGAUCACCCCGCAGCCAGAGCUAGUCAAGCCUACGAAUGGCACAGAUAGCACACAUGCUACUGUAGGAGGGCUGGACGAAGACGGAGAAGAGAAUGAUGAACUUGAGGACGGCGAAGAGGAAGAUGGGGAAAUUGAGGAGCACACACAGGAGGACUACGAGACUCGCGAUGUUGCACAGAUUAUGGAAGAGCAGGAGGAUAGGAUCAGGACCGUGUUCGACGAUCCUAACGGGUUCAAUGUCAAGCACCCGCUCUUUUCCUCUUGGACCCUCUGGUUUGAUUCCCCCGCGACGAAGGGUCGCAACCUUCCCCCGACUCCGCUCACCUCCGCCGCUCAGUCCUUCCCACCCACUCCCGGGGGUGUGCCCCCUACCCCGGGCGGCGGCUCCUGGAUGGACGACAUUAAGAAAGUGAUCACGUUUGACAGUGUUGAGGAGUUCUGGGGUCUGUAUAACAAUAUCGUCCCACCGUCGACUCUAUCGCAAAAAGCGAACUACUACCUCUUCCGGGAGGGUAUCAUCCCAGCCUGGGAGGACGCAGCGAACAAGGACGGCGGAAAAUGGAGCAUCCAGCUGCCAAAGGACAAGACCCGCCCACACAUCGAUAAGAUGUGGCUGUACACAAUGCUCGCCGCUAUUGGCGAAACCUUCGAUCCUCCUCACGCCGAAUCGACCCUACCCCCGCAGUCGCUGAUCACCGGGGUGAUCGUAUCCACCCGUCCACAAUUCUACCGCAUCUCCAUCUGGACUCGCUCUGCGCCCGCCUCAUCCAGCACGAGCAUUACAAAUUAUGACCCUGCUGCAGAAGCAGCGCUCACGCAGCGUAUCAUGGCCAUCGGAGCGCAUUUCAAGACCAGCGUGCUUGGAUAUGAUAUCAAGGCCAAGCUCACAGGCGGUUUGAGUACCGAGGUCGAGUUCCAGAGUCAUAAAGAGAGCGAGAAAAAACAGAGGGGUCAGAGCAAGAAGCUAAUAGUGUGAGCUAGAUGCGUGAUUCGCCUGUCUGCAGAUCUCGUCCGGCCGAGCGCAGGCAGUGAGGAAAAUGCAGUGUGCCGGCAUCAGCGGCGUAAGAGGAUUGGAGCGAGUAGGCUCAUCUGUGUCGUAGCUAUGUGUACUUCCUCCUUUUGAGAUUUAUGCAUCGCAAGGACGUAUCGAUCUUUUUGCUUUUUUUGAUCGAUAUGCUUGUCAAUAAUCAUAAAGCUCCUUUUG